AUGAAGAGAAGGGAGAAGACGCAGAGAGAGGAGGAGCAAAAGAGGAAGGAGGAAAAAGAAGAGAGAGAAAGGAGGCGUGAGAUAGAAGAGACGGAGAGAACAGAGGCAGAGAAGGCAGAGAAAGCGAAACGGCAGAAAGAGGUAGAAGAGGAUACAGAGAGAGAGGAAAA